AUGGAGGAGAGAAUUCCCCAGCCAAGAGAGUCCCAAGGACCCACCGUCGCCGAACCGGCGCAGACGACCGGCACGCCCUGCGACGACGGCGACGCUCUAGCUCCCGUCGUCCAGCUGCUUUCGUCCUCGGGCGAGGAGUCGUCGGACGACGACGAGGGGGAGCUCGAGUUCGAGUUCCCGUUCGUCAGCAGAGAUUCCCCCGCGGGCACGGCCGCCCCGGCCGACGAGCUCUUCGCCGACGGCCGGAUCAGGACCUUCUACCCGGUGUUCGGCCGUGGCAGCGGCUGCACGGCGCUGCCGGCUGCUCCGGAGGUGCAGCCGCGGGUGAGGGGCCAGCUGGGGCAGUUGUUCCUGGAGGAGACCCGGGAGCGCAACUCCUCCACCAGCUCCACGGCGUCCACGUCGUCGUCGUCAGGGGCCGCCACGGACGAUGACGGCCUGGAGGGCGUGGCGCCGGAGAGCUACUGCGUGUGGCGUCCUGGCUCAUCCGCGUCGGCGUCGCCCUCCCCGCCGCCCAGGAAGAGCGGGUCGACGGGGUCCAUGGCGCGGUGGCGCCGCAUCAGCGGCCUCGUGGUGGGCCGCAGCCACAGCGACGGCAGGGAGAAGUUCCUCUUCGUCGCCUCCGCGCCGCCGCACGACGCGCUCAGGAGGCACAAGAAGCCUGCCACUGCCCCGGCGGCCGGCGCCUGCAGGAAGCCUCCCCCGCCCGUCGCCGCCCCCGCCACAGAGGCCGACGCCGCCGCGCACCGGAUAGCGUACCUCGCCAGGGGCGGCGUCCCCGUCCCACCAGGCGGCACGCCGCGGCGCACGUUCCUGCCGUACCGGGAGGAGCUCGUGGGCUUCUUCGCCAACGUGAACGGCAUCAGCCGGAGCCACCACCAUCCGUUCUAA